AUGGAGAAUGGACAACCGCGUCUGGAGUUACUUCAGAAAUUAUACGAUCACCUCUUUUCUUCUGGAACUACUCUUUCUAAGUGCAAGGAUGCCACUAUAGCAGAGAAACUGUACCCUGGACCGACAAGUUCUAUCACUGUCGCUGGGAGGAGCCUGGCAUGGAAGUUGUUUUUAGCUAAGGAAGAACCUUUGCAAGCAUCUCAAACACCGCGUUCAUCCAAUCUAUUGGCUUCUUUACGGGAAUCGCGCAAGGCGUAUUCUACUUUACUCGAAGAGAAAUCUCGAGCACCGGAUGCUGUUCAAUUACAUUCCAAAGGAGACAACGUACAUAAUGCCAAACCAAGCGCUGGAAGUUCUAGAAGUCUCGACUUGGUCAAUCCUUUAAGUCUACAUAAUGAAAACCCCUGGAACGAGUGGUUUGCAGGCGUUGAGCUGCGGAAGGUAAUCAGUCAAGAUGUUGAGCGGACCUUUCCGGACAUCCCAUUUUUCCGAGAAGUUGACGUUCAAGGAGAGCUCACUAACAUACUGUUCUUGUACUCAGUCAUGAACCCUUCCAUAGGAUAUCGCCAGGGAAUGCAUGAACUACUAGCGCCUUUGUAUUAUGCCGUUCAUUUUGAUGGCAUUGUCGAUGAUGAAAUACAGGACAGGAACUAUAAAGAUCUGAUGGAUUUAUGUUCUGCGCAUUAUAUUGCUGCAGACUCUUGGGCGCUCUUUAACUCGGUAAUGAAAGGAGUUUCCCAGUGGUACGAAUGGCGAGAACCGAACGAUUCAGAAGGAUCAGCGCGGAACCCUCUCACACCUUUCCCCAACCAUGUUAUCAUCCCUAAUGGCCAGAACGGGAUCAGACCAUACGUUGCGCCCAUUGUUCAGGCUUGUAACCAUAUACAAUCGACUCUUCUUCAAGCAUGCGAUCCUGUUCUAUGGCAAAGUAUGCAAAAGGCUGGGAUUGAACCACAAAUAUAUGGAAUUAUGGCCGAUGCAUUAACACUAUGGGAUUGCCUUUUUGCCUGCGACGCAACACUGGAAUUAGCGCAAUGGGUGUGCGUCGCAAUGCUUAUCAGAAUCCGCAAUGACUUGAUUCCUGGCGAUUAUUCUGGACAGUUAACGACGUUGUUGCGUUAUCCAACUCCUUCAUCUUCUGACAAGGUUUCAGGUGCUCCUCACCAUGCCAUUCUUCUUCUCCGACAAGCGCUGGCUUUGCAAAUGUCCCCUAAUCCUUCCACUGGGUCAUCCAUAGUAAUGGAGAACAAGGCGUUGUUGAAUAUACCAAUCGAGGUCCCUGCGAUCCCUGAUAUUCCACCUAGACGACCCAAGAACGCCCGCCCGCCGCCUGCAACUAUUUCGUCAGGGUCGGCAUCUCUAGAGGGAAACACCACUCGGAAUCACUCGAGGCAGACGUCCACUGGGGCAGUGGGUAUAUCAGAAAUGUUUACUCGUGGUCUUGUCGAAAGGGGUGAGAGUUUGGGCAUUAAUAAAACCUUCAUGAACGCAGUCACAGAAAUAAGGCGUAACAUACCCGAAUUAGCUGCAUCGCUUGGUGUAAGGACCCCAAACCAACAACUGUCUGCAUUUCCUUUGGUAGACGAACGCCCUGUGGAGGAGAGACCGCCCUGGGAACCCCGGACACGCUUUGAGAUGGAGCGAGAUAUCAGCCAAAUUCAGGCGAGGGAUAAAAUUCUGGGAGAGUCUUUGGCUUGGAUUGUCGAUGCUCUUCUUCAAGACGAAUCUGAUGCACAAGAGCCAGAACGAGUCAAGAAACAGAAACAGGAAGCACUGGAGUCUCUUUCCUAUGUGCGGGAUGCACUUAUGACGAAUGAUAUGUCAUUAGACGACGACAGAUUAAUCGGCGGGGAAGAAAAAGAGAGGAGAAGGGUAAAAACGCAGAAAGCAAAUGAAGAACUGCAGGCAGCAAGUGCAGCCGCGAUCGUUUCUCCGCCAGCUCGAGUGCCUGUAAUCGAUUCGCAUUUGGGCCAUUCGAAUGCUUAUCGAGCUAGACCACGAUCUCCAGAAAGUCAAACUCAGCCUACGCCACCAAUAAAGGAGGUUGGACAGAGAGCACCCUGGAACUACACGCGGUCGAGUUUCUCAGCCAGCAUACCUGCGGUGCCUGCAGCGGUGAUGCCACGGCGACCACCUCCGACAUCGACAAGCCUGAGACGAGAGAACCAGAAGUCGCGCGAUCUAACGCCGGCCAAGACAGAGGGGUACCAGGAUCCUCUAGGGGCGAUACGGUGA